AUGCUCAAUGUGAAUUCUCCUGUUGGCGUGUGGGAUGCGGGGAGGAGGGGGGGUGUUGUGGGGGAAUGGGGGAAGGGGGAAAUGAAAAGGGUGUGUUGGGCGGCUGUGGGUGGGAUGGAGGGGGGCCGACCACACGGAGAGCUGGAACUCUGUCCCUACCCUGCCUCGUCCACCACCCUAGAUCCAUCCACCCCACCCUGCCUCGUCGAUGCGUCCUUGGCCGCCGCGCCGCUACUGCAGCCGCUGCUGGUGAUGCUCUGGGAACACCCCACUCAGCCUCACAGGCCCCCUAGCAUCGUCCGCUCCUACCUCGUCAACGCCUCCUCUGCCGCUGCUACUGCAGCCGCCACUGGUGAUGCUCUGGGAACACCCCAUCCAGCCCUUUUGUUUCUCUCCUGUGCCUACCUGGUGACUCCCUUCCAACAGAUGAAAUCGGGGGAGUGGGGCACAUGUGUCCGGCUGAUCUCUCCUGCGAAUGAAGUCGGGGGAGUGGGGCACAUGUGUCCAUCGGACCUCUCCUGCGAGUUCCCCACGGAGGGCAUGUUCUGGGACCACCCCAUCCAGUUGCUUCCUGACUUCUAA